GAGAGCAUGGCAAGUGUGAUAAGACAUGCAUUUCGUUUGUCGCGCGAUCGCUCGCGUGCUCGUUGAUCCACGUAUCAAAUAUUCCGAGUACUCGCUUUGCUUAUCGUCGAGCGUCAUUUCACGCCCACAGCUAGUGUGCUAGUCAUAUAUUGACCGCCGUUGUUAAUCAGUGUUUUCGUUUGCCGGCCGUGCACUUGCAACAGUGAUUACAUCGAAUUAUUUUACAUAGAAAAUUGCGAGUGUUGCGUUUCAAAGCAAAAGAGAACAUUGACCGAGGAUGUAUUGAAUGAGGAUAAAAAAGCUUGAAAUUGAGGUGUGUACGACUGAUUUAGGAUCCGACAGUGACCACGACAUCAGACUCAGUCACGAGUAACGUAAUGCACAAGUGAAAAAAGGUACAAGAAAGCGAGAAAGAGAAAGAGAGAGGGGCUGAGAGACGGCAGAGAAACCGGCUGAAUCGUUGACGUGACUCUCUUGCAUUUUAUCGAAGGAGCGUGCGUGACGCGUUUACGUGUACGUCCGUGAUUACUAAUCAUCGACAAGCCGUGCAUCGCUCGUUUUUUCACGACUUCGGAACUAUGCAUUAUUUCAUAGUAAUGUUGUAAGAGUGAAAAACAAGUCGGCGGAUAUCGGAUACACUCGAUUCUGGUACAAAUUUGAGGAGGAUCCGAAUCGAUUCACGGAGAUGAAGGAUACGAAUGGAAAUGCGGAAGGAGGUGCAAAUAAGAAUGCGGAGGUAUUUGCGAAUAAACGAGAGACGCCGGAAGGUUCCGUUCAAGAUUCAUCACUAGAGAUGGAACAGUCGGAUCCCGGACGGAGAACAAGUAUUUUCAAGUAUUACUCCUAUAAGAAUACAGAGAAAAUUCCAAGUAUAAUGAAAAAAACGGGGCCUCUUGUUGGCGUGAUUGAUGUUGGUACACGAACUGUUCGCUUUGUGGUGUUUAAUGCAAAACACGUCGCGGAGGUUGCAUCUCAUCAGAUAGACAUAGAACAAAUCAGUCCACAAGAGGGAUGGGUCGAGCAGGAUCCCAAAGAGAUCCUUUUUGCAGUAAAAGCCUGUAUCAAGGAUGUAAUUCGCAAAUUAGACGAAUUCGGGAUGACGAUCAGCGAAAUUGUCACAGUGGGUAUUACCAAUCAAAGAGAAACGACGAUAGCUUGGGAUGCGAUUACCGGCGAUUCUCUUUAUAACGCCAUAGUGUGGUCCGACAUAAGAACCGAUACGAUCGUGGAUCAGAUUAUAGCCAAGUUUCCGGAUCAAAGUAAGAAUCACCUGAAACCACUGUGUGGUUUGCCUGUAAGUCCGUACUUUUCCGCUUUAAAGAUCUGCUGGUUGAAAAAUAAUGUACCGGCUGUCAGAAAAGCAAUUCGCGAGAAACGAUGCAAAGUGGGAACCAUGGAUACAUGGAUCGUUUGGAACUUAACGGGAGGCAAAGAUGGGGGACUUUACAUCACUGAUGUAACAAACGCCUCCAGGACGAUGUUAAUGAAUAUAGAAACACUCUCCUGGGAUCCCACAUUAUGCAGGUAUUUCGACAUUUCUAUGCAAAUGUUGCCGGAGAUCAGGAGCAGCUCCGAAAUAUACGGCAAAAUUUCGUUCGAACCACUGUCCGGCAUUCCUAUAUCCGGUAUUUUAGGAAAUCAACAAUCAGCUUUGGUCGGGCAAAAUUGCUUGAAAAAGGGACAAGCGAAAAAUACCUACAGAAGUGGUUGCUUCUUGCUAUGUAAUACAGGAUGCACUAGGGUGUACUCUUCUCACGGGUUGGUUACAACGGUCGCAUAUCAAUUAGGUCCGAAGAGCCCACCUGUCUACGCAUUGGAAGGUUCGAUCGCCGUCGCAGGUGCCGCAAUUAAAUGGCUACGGGACAACAUGAAACUUAUAAAAGAUGUCCAUGAAUGUGAACACUUGGCACAAAGCGUAUUUAGCACAGGAGAUGUUUAUUUUGUGCCAGCUUUUACGGGAUUAUAUGCACCUUACUGGAGAAAAGAUGCUAGAGGAAUAAUUUGUGGACUUACUGCAUUCACUACAAAGCAACACAUAAUAAGGGCGUCCCUUGAGGCGGUUUGUUUUCAAACCAGAGAUAUCCUCGAGGCGAUGUACAAAGAUUGCGGAUUUCCUUUAACAAAAUUAAAUACAGACGGGAAAAUGUCAACUAACAACCUUCUCAUGCAAUUACAGGCCGACUUGUGCGGAACACCAGUAUUUAGAUCGACCAUGCCCGAUAUCACGGCCCUAGGUGUUGCAAUGGCUGCAGGACAUGCCGAAGGGAUAGAUGUUUGGGAUCUGGAAGGUGAGGAAGUAGAAACAGUGCCAACCGAUACUUUUCUGCCAACUACCACUCCAGAAGAGAGAGACGCAAGAUAUAAGAAAUGGAAAAUGGCUGUGGAAAGGAGCUUAGGUUGGGCGGCAGUAAAAAUGUCUGAUCAAAUGACAGAUGAAAGAUAUUGCAUACUGGCAUCUAUUCCUGCUAGCUGGUUUCUAUUGUCGAGCUUUGUUCUAUUACGAAUAAGUCAUUAUUUAGCAAAUCGGUGACGACAAAUUAGCAUUAUUGAAGCGCAAAUUACCUUAAACGGCAGGUAGCCCUGAUCGCAGUCCAGAAGAGUUUAGCAAAGUGACCUAUCAAGUUUACCGACUCGUGUACGUCGGUGCAUGAACACGAGUAUUGCGAAAUAAUCAGAUAAAAUUGUCUCAGAUUUUAAAUAUAUUUCAUUUAUUAUUUAAUCUUGAUCAACUUCACGUUUAGUAAUUGCAGUGAGUGCAUCCGAUAUCUGAUUUUUGAGUUUGCAAAUUAAUAAUUGGAGCAAAUAAGGUGCUAUAUACUUUCUAAUAUAAUUUUAAAUCUUAUAAAAUGAUAUUGGAGAUAUUUUUAAUUCACUUUAUCACGCGCAUAUGGAUUCAUUUUUUAUCAUUAUUUAUUGUAAAAGCCAAUGUAUCACAAUCAAAUUACAUGUAUCAUAAAACACAAAAUAGAUAUUUCUUGUUGA